GCUCUAUUAUGCUUCUCUACGUAGGAAGCAGGAGGUGGGAAGCCUAUGAUUGCUUAGUGCUUUAUCAUAAUCCCAGUCUGCCGAAGAUUCUCAGAUUUAGCGAAGGUAAUCUACCCCAAACGACUGAUCUUUGCUGCAGAUUGGAAAACAGAGUCAUGAGAUGUCAAAAGUGACCCUGGAUGUGCCUGUUAUUCAGGCAUUUUAAUCUGAAUAAUUCAUCCUCCAUACCUGAUACUUCUGUUAGUAAACUUACGGGAAAGCAAGGCCAUUAUACACAGUCUAAUAACAACUUGAUUCUAAAAUGGGUUGUGCCCCAUCCUCCCAAAGUUUUCAAGUCCACGAAAAUGAAACCCGUCUUUUACAAGAAAUAGACCGUCUGCGAAGUAUAGAGCAGUCACGCCAGGCAGAAAUCAGCAAGCUGCAAGUAGAAAAUGAAAAACUGCGACAAGGCCAAGUGAAUGGUGGGUAUGCAAUGGUAAAGCGAUCAGACUCUCCUGAAGACGACGGCCAUGAAAUGUUAGUGAAGGAGAUUGAGAGAUUGAUAUUGGAGCAGAGUGAAAAAGAAAAUGAACUCAGUGAACUGAGGAGGACAAAUGAGCAGCUGAACUUAACUUUGCAACAAAGCCCACCUCAAGUUCAGCAGUUUGUUAAUAAGAACAGAAAUCUUCCAAAAGUUGGAGAUCCAGUUUUAGCAAUGUGGGAAUCAACCCCAUGGCAGUACUUCACAGCAACCAUAGUGUCAUUUAACUCUGAAAAGCUCCAGUACAAAAUUAAUUGGGAUGACCAGGAUCCAACAGGCCGCAUUAUUGAUUACUACAACUUGGCUCUGGACCGUGUCCCUGAACCUGACGAGGUCGCCAUUGGUUCCAUUGUGCUGUUUCCCCAAGGAAAGUAUCGAGGUCAGGAGGGUGUUCGGCUGGGUGGCUUACGCUACCAUCAGGGGCGAAUAACAAGUGUUUCGAAUGGUCCUGGGGGUCAGAAGCUUUAUGACGGUGUGCACACCAAGGGUGAGGCAGACAACAAGUGGAUCACAUAUUCAGGGUACAACUUCUAUUUUACGGGAAUGGAACUGUCAAAAUUACGAAUCUCACCCAACGUGUUAGACAUCUUGUCUGACAAUGACUCUGGUAGCGCUGUGGAUGGCUUGAUUCGUCCUUGUGACAUAUUCAUCUCGUACUCAAAGGCAAACAGCCCUUCUGCCAUCAGAAAUCGUGAGCUGGGGCCAUCAGAUCCUCCACCCAGCUACAACGAAGCAGUUCUGUCGAGUAUUUGCGACCCGCGCGACAUUCGAUAUCAACUUGAAGGCUGCGGAGCUACGGUGAAUGGCGACAGACAGGCUCAACAUUCACUGAUAGAGACUGUACAGCAGAUUAACACAGCAAAGGUGUUUGUGGCCUGUCUUAGCGAUGAAUACGUCAAGGAUGAAAUUUGCCGUCAAGAGUUCCAGUAUGCUAAGAAGACCGCGAGAAAACCGGUUAUUCCCGUUGUAGUAGGCAGUGGAUCUUUCGAAUGGAUGAUGACAGUUGUGGGUUUGCUUAUUGCCGGUGAAGUGUACAUUCACUUCAGCAACAGAGAUGUACAGGAUUCUAAGAUGACAGAGCUUCUGCGAGCUGUUAAGAAGAGCGUGCCUGAAGUUAAAUUUCCCGAAGAAUUGGGAAGCGUUCAAGAUUUGCCAAGUGCUGGAGAUACCUCGGACGCUGGAAUCCGAGAUUCCGCUGACGUGUUUAUCAGUUAUUGCUGGCUGAAUUCAGAGAAUGCACAUAAAGCCAAACAUGUGACAGAGUUCAUCGGGUCUCCAUUUGCAGACCCCAGGAAAGUGCACAGCAGCCUGGUAAAAGCAAACAAGUUCUCCCUAUGGAUAGACAUCGAGCGGCUCAGGACAACCAAUCAGAAUGAGGAAUCCUUAGGCAUGUUUGAGCAAAUCGCCGAAGGACUCGGGAAGGCCAAAGUGGUGUUGGCGUUUGUUAGUAAACAGUACGCCAACAGUGAAAACUGCAGAAUUGAACUGCAGUUUGCUCUCAAGUCUCUGAAGAAACCUUUGGUCCCAGUGAUCGUGGGCGCAGACAAUGAUUGGCAAAAGACAGUGGUGGGGCUGUUAGUGGGUGGCCAGGAGAUCCAAGCCAUCAAUUUACAGGACGUCCACUCUGAAGACGUGUUUACGGAGAAAUUAGAGGAAAUACAGGAGGCCAUUUUGCCUCUACUUGGUCACGCAGAGGAAGCGAGAAGCUACCGAGCGCCUGUCAUAGGCGAUCACGUGAUCUCUCAUCACCAACAAUGGGCUUACUACGCGGCGACCAUUGUGAGCUUCGACCGCGAGACUUUGAAAUACACAGUGGACUGGGACGACGGAGAUCCUACAGGGAAAGUCCAGUCAUAUAAGGACCUGGCCAUUGACAAGAUCCCAAGUGAAGACCAAGUGGGUGUGGACUCCAUUGUGUUUUUCCCCCAGGGAGGUUACGGAGCUACCGAGGGGAAUAACACCGGGGGAGUCAGAUACCAUGAAGGAGUCGUCACCCGUGUCUACAAGGAUUCCUCUGGAGCCUGCCUAUAUGAUGGGCAUCACACCAAAGGCGCAGAGGACGGAAAAUGGGUCACUUACAAAGAUUACAAUUACAACUUCAAUGGCAUACCUCUGCAAAUGCUUAGAAUCGCUCCCAACGCCAUGGAUGCACUCAUGGCUUGCAAGGAGGCCUUUAGUUGAAAUUUCUUCAACAUCUCGUGUUUCUUGAAUAUCUCCACUGAAAUAGGAACUGUUUUAAUCACCAAGGCAACCAGUUGUCAAUUAUUGUUUGAAUAUUUUGCAUGGUCUCCUUCGCGGUUGUCUUUUGAGAUGUCACGCGAUGCUCUCCCUCCACCCCCCUCUUAUCUUUCUUCCCUUUCAAAUAAAGAAGACGAGCGUUGCGUGACAAUUCAGAGAAGACGAGAAGCAUUGUUCGCGCCAGCCGGAAUAACUACCCCCCGUUUAUAGGCCCUCUUGACACCCUUUACGAAGUAGUGUAUGCCCAGGGCUGACAAGCGCUAGUUAACGGUAUAUGUUUUUUUUUUUUUAUGGGAAAUGGUUGUGAGACAGGUGUUAAGCGCAUGAAACGUUUGUACACCAGAGAUUCAGUAUUUACAAGGUUUAAUUUACAGUCAAAUUAGAGAGUAAAGAGGGUUUGAAUGGAGUGAUAAAAUUUUGGCCAAUUUACGGCAAAGGUUAAUACCUUUCAACCAGAAAUGUUUUUACAGUUAAAUUUUUUUACAACAUACGACUUAAUGUCUUGGUCACUUUACGGGUAAUAGUUAACCCCUAUUAGCUAUUAAAAGGCAGGCCUUUUCUAAUAAACUGAAGAGUAAAUAUUUGUUUUGUGGAAAGUCCAAUCUAAACCAAAAUAAAUUCAACCUUUGCCCUCUGUACUACAUUGUACAAUAUUUGCCGACUAGUUUAUUAACUACUGUGCAAGUGGCAGAAACGAGAA